AUGGUUCUGAUUUGGGGCGUGUUCGAUUUGACUUUUCCAACAAGAAAUCAAAUCGAAACAAUGAAAAUGAAUUUUUUCGUCGCUUUAUGUGUAUUCGUCGUAGCUGUUUCGGUUGAAGUACCCCGUGAUGUAAAAGUGAACCUGGUAUCGGGUUCUUCGAUUAGCAUCUCUUGGGUUGGAGUGGAAGGUGCUUCUUCGUACACGCUCGAUAUUCAGCCUGCUCCGACGAUGUGGAACAAGCUGACGGUGAGUAGUGAUUAUGCGUUUAUUGACGGUCUGCUUGCGGGUGAGGAGUACGCGAUCCGUGUAGCUGCGACUGUAAAUAAUGUGCAGUCUGCUUUUUCUACGGAGGUGAAAGUGACUCCGUCGGGAGCGCCCAUCCUUGCUCCGGCUCCUCGUGUUCUUUCUUACGACGAGAGUUCCGUGACUCUGGGUCGCCGUCACAUGCAUCACUAUGGGAACGGUCACGAAUUAUCGAAAGUGAUCGUGGAGGUGUUGGAGGAAGGCGGUUCUUCCCGUGAGUUGGAGUUUGCUUACAAACUUCCUCUGAAAAUCAGCGGUCUCUCUGUGGGCAAGACGUAUUCCUUCGCUUGGCGUUUCGGGAACGGGAAAGGCGUUCAGGAAACGUACUCUCGCUUGAGCGUGCCGGUCACUCUGAAGCAGUCGACCAUUCCCGAUCCUCCUGAGCACAUCCACCUCCGUGUGGACGGAUCCUCUCUGUCGAUGCGUUGGCGCUACCUCCAAGCGACGGGCAAGCCCGUUCUCAAGUUCAACGUGCGCGUGAGCGACCUGCUUGGGCGCGUGCUGUUCGAGAAGGUGUCUUACAAGCCGCACGCGCAUUUCCGCGGGCUCCCUGCGGUGGAUGGCGUGCGUGCGGAGGUCAACGUGAUGACGGCUGGGGGUCUGAGCGCGUGGUCGCAGCCCGUGGUGUUCCGCGCGGAGGAUCCGUGGGUGGAGGUGAAGUCGGUGCGCGCGUUCGGGGAGUCGGCGUUGGUGCGUGUGAAUCUGACGGCGCCGGGGACGCUGCUGUGCUCGUACCACGCGCCGUCGAUCCGCCCCGCCUUCGUGGACCGUCCUGUGCGGCACGCGGGCGAGGCGCGCGUUCUGCUUGGCGGCCUGGAGCCCUCGACGCAGUACACGGUGGAGUGCUCGCUGAACGCGGGGAACCGCACGGUGCAGUCCGCGGGAAGGAGCUUCGAAACGGGCGAAGCGGCGGCGCGGCUGACGAUCACGGACGUGGAGCCGUUCGCGACGUUCGCGCGGAUCCGAGUGAAGAGCGACACGCCCGGCGAUGCGCUGUGUCUGCCGCAGCGGAGACGGUUUGGACGGCCGUCGCUCGCGGCGUUCGCGCGGCUGGCGAAGCGGUUUCAUAUAAAGAACCCGGGGGAGGAAGUGACGGUGGUAACGGAGAACCUGCAUCGGGGAAGCGGGUAUCGACUGCAGUGCAUGAUGGAACAUGAGUUGUACCGCGAAAUGGGAAUGGGCUUUGGAAUGCGACAUGGAAUGAUGCAUCGAGGAAUGAUGCAUCGAGGAAUGAUGCAUCGAGGAAUGAUGCAUCGAGGAAUGAUGCAUCGAGGAAUGAUGCAUCGAGGAAUGAUGCAUCGAGGAAUGAUGAAUCAAGGAAUGAUGCACCAAGAAAUGCUCCAAGAAAUGGGCGUUGGAGCGAGCGAUGAUCUUUCUCUGGGGAUGAAUCCUCGCUUGAUUCGGCAGCUGUAUCGCGAAAUGCAUGGUCGUCCGCGUCGUUUGGAAGAGAUGGGCGAAGUGGUCUUCUUCGACACUCUGGCCUCUCCCGUAGAAGUGCCUCCGCGCGUGAGUUUUGUGACGCCUUCGGCCUCGUCGGAGGUGCGCGCGAACGACCUGGUAACGCUGACGUUCGACGCUCCCGUCGUUCAGGGGAGCGGCGAAGUGUUCGUCGGUUCGUCCUCUCCGGAUCAGUCGGUUUCGCUCCUCUGGGUCGAGGGCCUCGUCGCGUGCUUCCGUCUCCCUUCGCUGCCCGCGGGCGCGGUGGUCCUUCGGGUGCCCGCAGGCGCCGUGCGCUCGGCGGAGAGCGGCGCGGCGAGCGAGGAGUUCCGUCUGUCUCGCCAAGACGCGUGGGAGAUGAGCGGAGACAGCGCGCUGGCGAGCUGCGUGCUGGCGACGCCGAUCGUGGCUCGCUCCCACGGCGUGGUUCGGUUCGCGUGCGACGGUCGCGUGGGUCUGCCGGUGGGGUGCGCGGUGCGUCUGGCGGAGGAGGACUACGGCGUGGACGAUCUGCUGGUCAGCAACGACACGCUGGCCUUCGUGGUGCGGUCGGAGCUGCAGCUGGGCGCUUCGUACACGGCGCAGUUCGUGGGGUGCGGCGUGGAGCUGGAGGCCGAAGUGCAGGCAGCGUCGGAGAUCCCCGCGCCCUCGCUGCUUCGAGCGGAGCCCGCGCAGACGCUGUUCGCGGGAGAGACGUACCAGUUCGCGCUGACGUUCGACGAGGCCGUGACGAUCGUCUCGCAGGACGCUCUGCGGUUUGCCAGCGACGGCGUGGAGCUGCCUGGAUUGGCGGCGGGCGCGACGGUUUCGUCGGAGGGUCAUGUGAUUCGGUUUGAGUAUACGGUGCCGAGCGAGGCGGCGAAGGCGGUCUUGACGAUCACGCUGCGCGGCGAAGCGGUGCAGGACGAUAUGCAGCGCGCGCUGCCGAGCGAUGUGACGUUCACGCGACGUGUGGAAAGCCCGUGCGGACCUGCCUAUCUGGCCGCGCUGUCCGCGAACGCGGGAGUGUGCAGAUGCCGGCGAAGCAGCGCGCGCUGCGAGUGCCAGUGCGGCAAGCUGGGAGCAUCGAUGGAGUUCUAAGUGUUUGUAGUCU